CCAUAAAAUCAACAUGAUGUACUGGUAAGUAUCAAAAGAAAUUAUUUUACGACAUGCCCUUAUGAAAACGACAAUAAAAACACAUUGAAUAACGAUAAGAAGCGACGAAUUCCGUUCAAUUUGAUGCCAUCAUGUCAUAUUUAACCAAUAUGGCGGGAGCAAUGUUGUUUGAAAGAGCGCAAUCUGUUUCUUCGAACCACGACAAACUGUUGGAAAAUCUGAAACGCGCCGAAGAAGAGCGUGACGAUGAAGAGAACAUCAAAAACAAAGAGCAGGACAUCCUUAACCUGGGUGAGCAAUACAAAAAGGAGGGUAAGGCCAAGGAACUCGCCGAACUGAUCAAGGCGACGAGACCCUUCCUGAGUGAAAUAAGCAAGGCUAAGGCGGCGAAAUUGGUCAGAUCUCUCGUUGACUUCUUCCUCGACCUAGAGGCGGGCAUUGGUAUUGAAGUGCAACUUUGCAAGGAAUGUAUCGAAUGGGCCAAAGAGGAAAGGAGGACGUUCCUUCGUCAAUCACUUGAAGCCAGACUUAUCGCUUUGUACUUUGACACUGGUAUGUUUGCCGAGGCUCUACAAUUGGGAUCUACUCUGCUUAAGGAAUUGAAGAAGUUGGAUGACAAAAAUUUGUUAGUGGAAGUGCAGUUACUUGAAAGCAAAACAUACCAUGCCCUGAGCAAUUUACCCAAAGCCAGGGCCGCUUUGACAUCGGCCCGUACCACUGCAAAUGCUAUCUAUUGCCCUCCCAAAAUGCAGGCUGCAUUAGAUCUGCAGUCUGGCAUUCUACAUGCAGCUGAUGAAAAAGAUUUUAAGACUGCAUAUUCGUAUUUCUACGAGGCUUUCGAUGGCUUCGACAGUGUUGAGUCGCCGAAAGCGUUAACCGCACUGAAGUACAUGUUGUUAUCCAAAAUCAUGCUCAACAAUCCCGAAGAUGUGCAACAAAUCGUUAGCGGUAAAUUGGCCAUUAAAUACGCCGGCAAAGACAUCGAUGCGAUGAAGGCGGUCGCACAGGCAUCUCACAAACGGUCGCUUGCCGAUUUCCAACAGGCCGUCAAGCAGUUCAAACAUGAGCUUGAGGAUGAUGUUAUUGUCAGAGCACAUUUGGGCACUCUUUAUGACAAUAUGCUCGAGCAAAAUUUAUGUAGGAUCAUCGAACCAUACUCGAGAGUACAGGUGGAUUAUGUUGCAAAGACUAUCAAACUACCAAUGCCACAGGUGGAGAAGAAGUUGUCACAAAUGAUUCUUGACGCCAAGUUCCAUGGUAUAUUGGAUCAAGGCGAGGGUGUGUUGAUAGUGUUUGAAGAAACCCCUGUAGAUAAAACAUAUGAAAUGGCUCUAGAAACAAUACAGAGUAUGAGCAAAGUAGUAGAUACACUUUAUCAGAAGGCAAAGAAACUGUCAUAGGUCUAUAUUUAAUUAUACAUAAUUAAACAAAAUAUAAAAAAACAGACUGUAUUUUUCCUACAUAAAAAAAAUUACCUGAUAAUAUUACAGUUUCCUUAAUAAUACUAAUUAAUAAAUGAUUGGCCCAUAUUUCUAGUACUAAACCAGUCACAUUAGAUGUACAUAAUUAACAUAUUUUUAGGAAUUUUUGGGAAUUUUUAAAUAUCUUAAUAACAGUUUAUGAAAAGAUCAGAAUUGUUUUGAAUGUAUAUCAUUAGAUACUUAUUGUUUUGUAAAUUUUCAAACUAAGUUAUUGUAUUGGUAUUGUAAAAUAAGAAUAAGUUUUCAAUAAUUUUUUCUAAAUAAAUGUAUUUUGAUAAUUUACAGUUAUGCUUAAAUAUGUAAAAAAUAAAGGUUAUAAAGAUUCA